UUUUAUAACAAGAAAUCACACAAUGGGAGACUGCUGCACUAAAGGUUUAGACGUGAACUAUGACACUGCUGUUUGGGCCAAGUUAGACCCAGCAGAGAUAGACGAUUGCCUAGAUGAGAUGCAUUAUUACCUGCAUUCUUCAGAUAAGAAGUCCUAUAUGCGCAAAGCUGAUCAGACUCUUGACGCUGAUUCAAGGAGUAGCUAUUAUGGCGAGAAAAGCAAGCGGAUCACGCCUAAUUAUACUGAUUAUAGCGGAGUCGUGGCACUCUAAUUGUCUCAGAGUUCGAAAUUGAUGGGGAAUCCAAAUAAGUUCAUCACCUCAGGGUCUAUUUACAUCAUGGAGGGGGUCCAAAAGGUGUUUAUUAUUACAGCUGCAAGCACGUUUUUGCACUCCUAUGAGGCAUAUGGAAGCCCUGAGUUUGAGUAUGCUAAAAGAGCUACAAUGUUUCUAGCAAGAGACGGUGAAAAAGACUAUUGGGUAAAAACUCCGUUAUCUAGCUUUAAAUUCCAUCCGAAUUAUUUAGCACACCCUGGGCUAUAUGGAGGCUAUGACAUUGCAGUGGCUAGUUUUGAUAUUACCAAAUCAAAGUCUUUUAUAAAGGAUUUAGAUGCUUUUAAGAAAAUGCUAGCUAAAAUAACACCAUCGUUACCAACUACUUUUAAGGUGAUGGAUGGGGAGGAGAUGUUUAUCACAGGAUACCCGGCAGAUUGAGAUGGAGCAAUGUUCCAGCAGAGAGGAAUAGUUUUUGACCAGAUAAACAUUGAAGAUGGCAUCUCCAAACUACUGGUCUUUCGGGACUUGGAAAUGACCAAAGGAAUGGCCGGCUCACCUGUGAUGAGCAUAUCAGAAAAUAAAGUACAGCUUAUCGGGGUAUAUAUCGGUAAAGACGAGACUUGAGGAAUGCACAUAGUUGCUGGAAUCGCAUACAAUAUAAACAAAUGGAUCCUAGAUUUGAUGAAGGAUAAAUUGCUAAUAGAAGACUUCAAUACUAAGAUGUUCCCAGGAAAGAAAUAUAAAAGUAAAAUAAAAGCACGUUUUGCCCCAACCAAGGAGGAAGAUGACCCUACUUCUGCUGAGAAGAUGACGAAGCAAGAAAAAGACGAUGACUGGCUUAUAGUUGACAUUGACGAGGAAAGAUCAGUAGACUUCAAGACUAUUCAUUAA